AGCUUUUCGGGGGGGGGGAAAAAAAUCAGAGGACAACUUUUAACAGUAUUGUUAUGUUGGUGUUUUUACAGGAGAGGACGUUGAAAGAAGAUAUUUACACCUUAAUGGGACUGCACACAGUCAGUCAAGAUGCCUGAGCUAGCAAGUUGAGGGCAAGAUCCAGGACCACUUUUCCUGUUUCCACACACCGCGACCUGCAGCCAUGGAUGGUGGCCGCAAUAUAUGGGCUAUAAGUCCAGAGGAAAGGAAUAAACAUGAUCAGAAAUUUGACACCCUCUCCCCAGUGCAGGGUUUUGUAACUGGAGAAAAGGCACGAAAUUUCUUCCUGCAGUCAGGUCUCCCUUCCUCUGUGCUGGCUGAGAUCUGGGCUCUAGCUGACAUGAACAAGGAUGGGAAAAUGGACCGUUUGGAGUUCUCUAUUGCAAUGAAACUGAUUAAGAUGAAGCUGCAGGGUCAGAAUCUUCCUUCAGCUCUGCCCAUCAUCAUGAAACAGCCACCAGUACCUGCUCCUACCAUGCCCUUAACGUCACUGGGGAUGGGAUCCAUGCAAAACAUACCCAUGGUGCCCACUAUGCCUGUUCUUACCUCCAUGCCGCUACCCUCCGUGAGUCCUAUGCAGGGCAUGACUCCCAUGAUGCCCACUGGAAUGACCAUGCCAAUAAUGCCCACUAUUAGUGCUCCUGCUCUGGCCAGUGGACCUGUGGGUAUACUGCAGCCCACUCCUGUUUCUCUUACAAAUGCUCUCCCACUGAACCGUUACUUCACUACUUCUCCAUUGGGCUUUUCUUCCACUCCUAAGACAUCAGCUCUCCUGGAUCUGGGUUCAAGCAGCUACAACUCUUCUUCUACAACAUCUUUAGCCAGCAGCUCUCCUCAGAGUGGCCCCUUGGACUGGGCUGUGCCACAGGCAUCACGGCUUAAAUACAGACAGCAGUUCAACAGCUUGGAUAGGCAGAUGAUUGGCUAUCUAUCAGGCCCUCAAGUGAGGAAUGCAAUGGCUUCAACAUCAUUAAGUCAAUCCCAGCUAGCCACCAUUUGGAACCUAUCAGAUGUAGAUAAGGAUGGUAAACUAAAGGCGGACGAGUUUAUUCUGGCCAUGCACCUGGUUGAUAUGGCUAAGGAAGGACAGGCUCUGCCUCUUGCUCUUCCUGUGGACCUUGUACCCCCAUCACUCAGGGGGAAUGUUGGUGAUUCGCUGAAUGGCUCCACCAGUUUGUCCAGCUAUGCCUCCCUGGCUGAGGAAUUUACUGAUGCUGAUCCUCCACAAAAAUCCAAGAAUAACUUGACUUUUGAGGACAAGUUCAAGGAAAACCUGGAGCGUGGAAAUGCUGAGCUGGAGAAACGGCGUCUGGCUUUGCAGGAGCAACAACGACAUGAAGAGGAGAGGAGAGUGCAAAAGGCCCGUGAGGAGCAGGAGAGAAAAGAGAGGGAGGCACGAGAGCUGGAGCUCAGGAGAAAGAGAGAAGAGGAGGAGAGACUGGAACGACAGAGGGAGCUGGAAAGGCAGAGGGAGGAAGAGCGACUCAAAGAGCUAGAGAGGAAAGAGGCAGCUAAGAAGGAGCUAGAGCGCCAGCGCCAGUUGGAGUUGGAGAAGAAGAAAAAGCAGGACCUCCAGAACCAGAAGAGUCAUGAGCAAGAGAUCAUCCUUCACUUGAAGUCAAAGAAGAGGAGUCUGGAGUUGGAGCUUGAAGCUGUGGGCAAUAAGCAUAAAGAAAUCUCUGAAAAACUGAGAGAUGCCCAGGCCAAGAAGAAAGUCCAGAAAAUUGAAUUGGACCAAAUCAACCAGAAAAGAGAUGGCCAAAUAAUAGAAAUCAAUUCACUGCAGCAGCAGUUUGAGGAGUUGCAGAGCAAACUGGCACAGUUGGUUCCAGAGCAGCUGAGGCUGAAUGAGAUGCUUCGAAAUAUGAAUCUGAGCAAUGUGCCAGCAUCCACAACGAUCACGUUACAGAAGAGUGUUACAGAUAAAGACCUCAGCUGUAGAAAACUGAAAGAACAGCUUGAUGCUUUAGAGAAAGACAUGGCAGCAAAGCUGGGUGAUAUGGAUCAGUAUAAAAAGGACAUACAGGACCUCAGAGAGAGCCAGAGACACCAGCAGUCUGCGCUAGACAAAUUGUGUAGCCUCAAAGAAGACAGACUCCGAGAGCUCAAGAGAUGCAAAGAGGAGGAACUGGAGAAAAAAAGAAGGGAGGAGGAAGAACAACGCCGCAUCAAACAAGAGAAGGAGCGUCAGUGGCAGGAGAAACUGCGGCAUGAUGAGGAGGAGAGACAGAGGAAACUCCAGGAGGAGCGAGAGGCCAAGCUCCGGGAGGAGGAGGAGAGAGAGAGGCAGGCUGCCAAAGAACAAGCAGAAAGGGAGCGGAGGGCACAGGAGGAGAAAGAGAGGAGGUGGAGAGAAGAGGAGGAAAGGAAAAGGAGGGAGGAGGAUGAGAGGAGAGAGCAAGAGAGGAGGAGACGUGAUGAGGAGGAUCACAAGAGGCGGGAAGAGGAGAGGAAGAAACUGGAGGAAGAACGGAGAAAACUGGAGGAGGAAAGGAGGAAGCUGGAAGAGGAAAGGCGGAGACAGGAGGAGGAGAGGCGGGAAGAGGAGAAGAGGAGGCAGGAAGAAGAGAGGAAACGUGAGGAGCGCAGGAGGGCAGAAGAAGAGCGGCGAGAGGAGGAGAGAAGAAAGGAAAGAGAGGAAGAGGAGAGAAGGCGACAGAGAGCGCAAGAGGCAGCCAUCAGGGAUGCAGAGGAGCGGAAGAGGAAAGAAGAGGAGAGACAGCGGCAGGAGGAGGAAGGGCAGAGGAGACGAGACGAGGAAAGAAAGAAACAAGAUGAAGAACGGAGGAGAAAACGGCAAGAAGAGCAGGCUGCUUCUGCUGCAAGGCUGAAAGACGAAAAGCAAAAUAAUUCAAAAUCGGACAUAGUUGCUGCACUUCUCAGAGGAUUGGAGGAGAGGAAAGGUAGUAGACAGCCCUUGGGCAUGUCACACAGGAAAUCAGCAGCUCUGACCAAAUUUAAAGCACUCUACCCCUUCUCUGCCAGGAAUGAGGAAGAGCUCUCUUUUGAGACGGGUGAUAUAAUUGAGGUGGAUGAGCUGAUUGAAAGAGAAGAGGGCUGGCUUUAUGGAAGUUUUCAGGGGAAAAUUGGCUGGUUCCCUGAGAGCUAUGUAGAAAAGCAGCACAAGCCAGACACACCAAGUAUUAAAGAAACUCUUAAAUCGCAGGCCGAGCUAUCAACCUCUCGUGUUACAGAAGCUUCUGUUCACAGUGGAUCAGGUCAGAACUCUGCCUUCACUCGCACUCGCACCAUAGGCAGCACUUCCACUGGGCACCACCAGGUGAUGGGGAAACUGCAGGUUAAAGCUUUGUGUUCUUGGACUGCUAAAACUGACAACCACCUCAAUUUCUCCAAGGACGAUGUAAUUACAGUUCUGGAGCAGCAGGAAAACUGGUGGCUCGGGGAACUGAAUGGAUUACAGGGCUGGUUUCCUAAAACUUACGUCAUGGUCCUGAACAGCAGCGACAUGUCCGCAGACUCCACUGAGGUAUUUGACUUGGCAGUAGAUGCCUCUUCCCUUGAGGAAUAUGUGGCUCUCUAUACCUAUGAAAGCCCUGAACCUGGAGAUUUGACCUUCACCGAGGGAGACACCAUCCUCGUGUCACAGAGAGAAGGAGAGUGGUGGAGAGGCAGCAUUGGAGAUCGUUCUGGACUCUUUCCCUCCAACUAUGUUAAACCCCAGGAAACUGAUAAUUCAGUCCUCAAACCUGGUGGGCUUGGUAAAAAGCCAGAGGUAGUUCAGGUGACCAGUGCAUAUCCAGCCUCAGGGACAGGACAACUGAAUCUGUCUCCUGGUCAGCUCAUCGUCAUCCUCAGUAAAAACCACUCUGGCUGGUGGCUGGGAGAACUGCAGGCACGAGGUAAGAAGCGACAGAAGGGCUGGUUUCCAGCGUCUCAUGUUAAGCAGUUGGGCUCAAAUAGCGGCAAGUCCACACCUGCGAUCGUACCAGUCGGUCAGGUUAUUGCCAUAUAUGACUACAUGGCAGCAAACCAGGACGAGCUCAGCUUCUCCAAGAAUCAAAUAAUCAACGUGCUGGAUAAAAGUGACCCUGACUGGUGGAAAGGAGAAAUCAAUGGUGCUACAGGCCUUAUCCCCACCAACUAUGUGAAAAUGACCACAUCUGAAUCUGACCCUAGCCAGCAGUGGUGUGCUGACCUGAUGAGUCUAGACUCCAUGAGCUUGCAGGAAAAAAAACGGCAAGGCUACAUCCACGAGCUCAUCGAGACAGAAGAAAGAUACAUGGAGGAUCUUCAGCUGGUUCUGGAGGUGUUCCACAAGCCAAUGUCUGAGUCAGGUCGGUUAAAAGAAGCGGAGAUGAACAUGAUUUUUGUGAACUGGAAAGAGCUCAUCAUGUCCAACACAAAGCUGCUCAAAGCCCUCCGAGCGAGGAAGAAGAUGGGAGGAGAAAAGAUGCCUGUGCAGAUGAUAGGUGACAUCCUCGCCACCGAACUCUCUCACAUGCAGGCCUACAUUCGCUUCUGCAGCUGCCAACUAAAUGCUGCUGCAUUGCUGCAACAGAAGACUGACCAGGAGCCAGAAUUCAAAGACUUCCUCAAGAAAAUUGCCACAGAUUACCGCUGCAAAGGAAUGCCUUUGUCCAGCUUUUUACUGAAACCUAUGCAGAGAAUCACACGUUACCCUCUCCACAUAAAAAAUAUUCUAGAGAGCACCCCUGAGAAUCAUAUGGAUCAUACUUCACUGCAAGAGGCUUUGGAGAAGGCUGAGGAGCUGUGCUCUCGGGUGAACGAGGGCGUGAGAGAGAAGGAGAAUUCUGACCGACUCGAUUGGAUCCAAAACCAUGUCCAGUGCGAAGGAAUUGCAGAGAAUCUGGUUUUCAACUCUUUGACCAACUGCCUGGGUCCACGAAAGCUCCUCCACAGUGGGAAAAUGUUUAAGACCAAGAGCAAUAAGGAACUGUAUGCUUUUCUUUUCAAUGACUUCCUGCUCCUAACUCAAGCUGUCAAGCAGUUCACUUCUUCAGGCUUAGACAAACUCUUCAGCCCAAAGUCCAAUACACAGUACAAGAUGUACAAAUCACCUUUGUUACUGAAUGAAGUCCUGGUAAAGAUGCCAUCUGAUCCAUCCAGUGAUGAGCCAGUCUUCCACAUCUCUCACAUUGACCGGGUUUAUACAAUCAAAACGGACAAUAUUAAUGAAAGGACUGCAUGGGUUCAGAAGAUCAAAGCUGCCUCGGAGGAGUUCAUUGAGACUGAGAAAAGUAAACGAGAGAAGGCCUAUCAAGCUCGCUCAGUAAAAGCCAGUGGAAUUGGCCGUCUGCUAGUAACCGUCCAGGAGGCAACAGAACUUAAAUCCUCUAAACCAAGUGGAAGGUGCAAUCCAUACUGUGAAGUAACCAUGGGGGCGCAGUGCUACACCUCUCGGACUCUGAAUGAAACACUAAACCCAAAAUGGAACUUUAAUUGUCAGUUCCAUAUCAAGGACUUGUAUCAGGAUGUGCUGUGCAUCACCAUUUAUGAGCGUGAUCAGUUUGCGCCUGAUGAGUUCUUAGGUCGGACGGAGCUCCCUGUGGCCACCAUCAAGAAGGACCUGGAGAACAAAGGUGCAGCAACAAAAAGACUGCUGCUUCAUGAAGUGCCGACUGGAGAGGUCUGGGUCCGUCUUGAUUUUCAACUGUUUGAUGGCAAAACCCCUAAAUGAAAGGAAUAAUGUCCUGUUAUGGACACGGCUACAUGCUGUUUAUUCUCCUGAUCUUCCUUCCAAAACACUUUGCCUUAAAACAUCCUCAGCUACUGUGGAACAUGCCACUGAGGAACAUGCUACUGAAUGUGUGACUUGAACACUUGUGGAUGGUGUGUUAAUGACUAUGAUGCCAAGUUUAUGCCUUUUUGUAGAAUUGUGUGUCCCAAAUGGAGGAAGUAUAAGCAAUCUGCAGUUUUGUCUCAGUUCUUUAUCACUGGAUAUAGAGAUGUCUCAGGAUUUCUAUUUUCCUUGAAUAUAGUGUCUAAUUUGCUGUAUUAGAGGGUUUUUAAAAACAAUUUACUUUGAUCAUUUUGUAGGUCAGGAUUGGCACAUGAUCUUGAUCAGAGAACAUGACAUUUAAAAAUUAACCACUGUAACCUAUACCAUUUAAAAAUAAAGCUCCUCUUCAGAUAUCAAAAUGCUUUUUCAGAAAGAUUUUGCUGAGGUAAUAAUAAAUAGCCUGUUAUUUUCUUUUAGCAUUUCUGAGGUUUAUUUUACAAUGGUACAAAUGAAUUGUUUACCCCAAAAUAGUUUUACAAGCUCUGAUCACUGAUUUUCUGCAAGUUAUAUUUAUUUAUAAUUUAUGCAUCUUGGAUAUCCAUUCUUUUCCCAGCUCAAGAUGUUCAUAAUGCUUGAUGUUUGAUCUAUAUCCCCUCCCUACUGCAAAAAAAAAAAAAAAUUCCUGAAACUACCUGCACAUUUUUGUUUGUUUGAAAUGUAGCUACAUAUUUUGAUAGAUUUAAAUGUUCUGUAGUUUUAAGUUCCCUGUUUGUGGUGUCCACUUUUACCUGCUGGUUUUCAGGCUUUGCACAGAGUUGCUUGAGCAUGACAUGAGCAAAGUAUUAAAUAUACAGAGGUGCCAACAUUUAACAAGAAAAUCCUAAUAGGAGACGCAAUUUUAGAAGAAGAAAGAAAAAAGAGCAUAUGUGGGUAAACAGGAUGCCUUCAUUAUUUAUUUAACAGAUAUCUAACUGCAAUCUGCAGAAAUAUUUGGACUUAUAAAAUAGCAGCUGAGUGUCCAAGUUCAAUUUAUGAUUGCUUCAAUCCUAACAUAAUUCCAUAGCUGGUUUGCAGCCCCAAAUAAUUUUCAUAUUAUGUUGCAUAUGAUAAAACUGUCUACAAAUUUAGUGGAAGAUAUUUACUGUUGACUAAAGGAAUUAUUUGUGGACAAUUGGUAUACCUGAGCAUCAGUACAAAAUUGGGCUUCCCAUGUUUAUAUGUUGCCACAUUGCUACAACAGAAGACUAACCAGGAGCCAGAAUUCAAAGACUUCCUCAAGGUGCAAGUCAGCUGAAAUUCUUGGCAUUCGUGUUCAUAGUGUAUUCACAACAUCUGGCAUCUUCAGUAAACCAACCUGUGAUAAUUACACAACUGAAAUUAGAACAGCAAGUUGAAAGGGUUUUGUUUGUCCCCCCCCCCAGAGUAGAGUAUACCAUUAUGAUCUCAUUAUCUCUAGCUGCUUUAUCCUGUUCUACAGGGUCGCAGGCAAGCUAGAGCCUAUCCCAGCUGACUACGGGCGAAAGGCGGGGUACACCCUAGACAAGUUGCCAGGUCAUUGCAGGGCUAACACACAUACAGACAACCAUUCACAUUCACACCUACAAUAAAUUUAGAGCCACCAAUUCGCCUAAACUGCAUGUCUUUGGACUGUGGAGGAAACCAGAGCACCCGGAGGAAACCCACGCAGACACAGGGAGAACAUGCAAACUCCAAAGAAAGGCCCUAGUCAGCCGCUGGGCUCGAACCCAGGACCUUCUCGCUAUGAGGCGACAAUGCUGACCACUACACCACCAUGCUGCCCCCCCAUUAUGAUACCAGUACAUUUAAAAGAAAAUGCCCCUCAACUUGUCUGCACAAAUUGAAACAAAAUACAAAGACUGGAUCUAAAAAAAAAAAUGAUAGCCUACUUACUGAAAGAAAUUAAUAAAUGGCAAUGCACGGCAUAUUCUGCCCUGUGCUUUUAUUUUUGAUCUCUCUGCUAUAGAAAUUUAAAAAAAACCCUCAUUUUCAAUACAUUUUUAAAAAUCUACCACCCAGAUCCUGCCAAACCUUUUCUAGUAUCACAUAGACUAGCUGAUCAUGUGAUAACUUCCAGUUGUGUAGAUUAAAGGGGUGUGUGAUUGAUUCCCCCACCCCAGGAUGUGUCAAACACCAAAUUGGUCAAAAGUUGUAAAUGUAACAGCUUAAACCAUAGAUGUUGGCACCUCUGAAUAGGAGCACAUGUAUCCAACAAAAUCAGGGUUUAGAAGCAUUUUCUCUGUUUUCUCUUGGUGUGAAAUUCUUCUUUUCACAGUGUGCUGAUGUUGCCAGAUUGGAAUAACUGGUAACUGCUUGGAAUAACUGGUAUUACUGUAGAAUAACCCAGUGCUUCCCAAUUUAUAAAUUGAAAAAAAUAAAUAAAUAAAAAUUUAUAGAAUUCUA